UUGACUCUGUAAGAGUAUACCAGUGUCUAACAAAUUUGUCAAUCGCAUCAAAAUAAUAAACGUUGGAAUUUGGAUGUGAAUAUGACUUAUAGUUAUACUGGUAUAAAUUUGGAAGGCUACAUUAUUGACAAAUUUGAGGGCUGAAUCAUUAGAAGGACCAUGAUGGCUGACAAACAGGAUACAGAUACUAAGGAGCAGCCAAAGCAGGAGGUUGAUGAGAAACCAGAGGAACAGGAGAAUGGUAACAUUGAGGAGACUCAGAGUGAACCUGCGGCUCGAGCUAGAACAUUCACUGAAAAGGGACGAAUUUAUAGUGAGCAACAAAUGGAGAAAUCUUUCAGUAGUCUUAAGUCACUAUGCACAAGAAUAACAGUAAUGGUGAACAAUCGGGAACCAGAAGAGAGGAUAAGUCAGAAGUACAGAGAUUGGAUGGAAUCUUAUGAAGACUUCCUUGAUCGUCAUUACUCACAUUCCAGGAAAUUAAAUCAAACUGACUUAUCAGACUAUUUAAAGACAUAUGAUGAAAGAGAAACAUAUUUACAGAACUUUAAGACUGCACUACAAGAUUAUUUUGCCUCACAAGCUAAGAUAAAGGAACAACAAAGUAAAUCAUUACCUGAAGAUGGUCAAGAUAACAGAUCUUUUGGUCGUGGACAAUAUUCUACUGUUAGUGCUGUAUCUUCUCGGAAGUUGGCAGAAGAGGAAAAAAGGGCUGAGCUUGAAGCAAAGAAAGAAUCCUUAAAGAAAAAGAAAGAAAUAGAGCUAGCGAAAGUGGCACUCAAGAUGGAAGAAGAAAAGCUUGAAAUAGAAACAAACAUCGCUAUGGCUAAGGCAAAAACUAAAGUGUUUGAUAAAUUUGAAUAA